AUGGCACAGGUCGCUUCCGCUUCGGAGCCACCUCUUGCGCCCUUACAUCAUCACGGCCUCCUACCUCAUCAGCAGGGGCUCCGCGACGAUCUGGUCGGCUUGUCGAUCAUCAUGCAGGCCGCAACGGCACCCGGCGGACUGACGGACGGUGCGUCUACUUCGUAUCGCGUCCCACAUCCGCCUGCUACACAUCCCGCCGCCUUUGAUCAUGCUUCAGCAUCACUACGACCGCCAGAAACCGAAAUGCCCACAACAGCAGCAUCGCUCAUGCGCGAGGGUCCAAGAGACUUUACUGUCAUCAAGGACGUGGGAGACGGAUCCUUCGGUACCGUCUGCCUCGCCGACUGGAAGAGCCCGCUGCCGAGUGGUACCAUGCUUUCACCCAUGCAGCAUCCAACAACACGGCCAGAAUACAUUGGUAAACGUCUGGUCGCUAUUAAAAAGAUGAAGAAGCCCUUUCCCAGCUGGCAGGAAUGCAUGAAGCUCAAAGAGCUCAGCUCGCUCCUCACAAUACCUCCGCAUCCCAACAUCAUCCCGCUCUACGACGCCUUCCUCAUGCCCACCACAAAAGAGCUUCACUUCGUCUUUGAGUGCAUGGAGGGCAACCUCUAUCAGCUCACAAAGUCGCGCAAGGGGCGUCCACUUGCCGCUGGUCUGGUCGCUUCCAUCUACGAACAGAUCGUUCUCGGUCUCGACCACAUCCACCAGCAUGGCUACUUCCAUCGCGACAUGAAACCCGAGAAUCUUCUCAUCACCACCACCGGCCUUGCAGACUACCCAAAUCUGCGUGAGAGUCAGCCCUCGGAGAAGGACGUGCUCGUCAUUGUCAAGCUCGCCGAUUUCGGUCUCGCUCGUGAGACCGACAGCAAACCGCCCUACACCGAAUACGUGUCCACGCGCUGGUACCGUGCUCCCGAAGUGCUCCUUCGAUCGCGCGACUACAGCAAUCCUGUCGACAUGUGGGCUCUCGGCACCAUCCUCGCCGAGCUUGUCAAUCUCAAACCCCUCUUCCCCGGCCAUAGUGAGGUGGAUCAGGUGCUCCAGAUUUGCGACAUUCUAGGCGACCCGAGCAACAGCUACGGCAUCGACUCGCGCUCAAGACGCAACGGCGGUGGGCCGUGGGAUAGAGGUAUCCGCAUGGCGAGGGCUGUCGGCUUCACCUUUCCCGUGCGCAAGCCCAUCAAGUUCUCUCGCCUCUUUACGGAUCGAGUCCCACAAAGCUUGGUGGAUUGCAUUGAGGAUCUCCUCCGCUACGAUCCGAAAGCGAGGCUCACGAGCAAGGACUGCAUAGAGCAUCAUUACAUGCGAUUCUACGCUCCGAGAUUGCGGCCACCGCAAGCGAAACCAGUGGUCAGCGCAACGGCUCCCCUGCGGCCGCAGCAGGUCUUGGCCACCAACUUGGCAGCAUCGCGUCCUAUACCGCCGUCGCAUUCAACACCCCUCUCACCACAUGCGAAUCGACCACCGUUUGGAGCUGCCGAUUCGAACAUCAGGCCUUUGGCCAUGCUUCGCCAACCGGAUGGAACUCCGCUCGUCAUGGUCAAUGGUGGCCGUCCCGUAAUCCAGGCUCCCGUCCCUGCUGCCAACGCGCACGCUUCGCCCGCAUCGCCGAUGCAGGAAGACAUGGAUCAAGCGCAAUGGGCACCUCCGGACGCCUCGAUGAGCAGAGAAGUGUCUCUGUCCGGCUAUCCCGCGUUCCCGGAUUCGGCUUCUGUGUACAGCAGCUCCGCUCACCACGACGGACCCCCCUCCGUCGCCCAUUCCUCUGAUGCAUCAUCGACCCUUGUCAACGGUCCAAUGAGACUGCCCAACGGUCACAUCGACCCUCGCCAUGCCCAGACGUUGCACGCACCGCAGCACGAACAGUACCUCCGUCAUCUCCGCCAAGGCUCCGAUCAGGCGCAGGUCUCUGACUAUGAUGGACAUGGCGCCUUCGUUCCGUCCCCAGGCCAGUAUGCGAGCAGAGACAUGCAAGGCUAUCUUUCGGCCACAUCGUCCUCCAUCGACCUUGCGCAGCAACAGGACCCGAACACCAGCGGCGAGACCAUCAGCUCGCGUGACAAGGACAAGCGAAAGAGCAAGGGUUGGGGUAUCAGCUCCGUUUUCGGCGGCGGCGGCGGCGGCGGCGCCAAUGGCGUUGUCGCUGACAACGGCAGCGCUCAUCAGUACGCGAACGGCAGUGCUCCCAGCUCUCGCAGGCCCUCCAAUGGCGUGGCAUCCGCCUACGCUGCUGGCAACGGAUCCCACCAGGAGCUCAAAGCGUCGUUGGAACCGACACCAGCACAACGCAUCGCUGCCGAGCAUGCCACAUCUGCGGCACAGUCCAACGGCGUCCCAGCAAAGCCCAUCGAUCCGAAGAAAGCCAAGAAGGAAGCCGAAAAAGCGGCUCGCGAGGCGGAGAAGGCCAAACGAGAGGCACAGCAGAAAGCUGCUCGAGACCGUGCGCGUGCCGUCAUGCAGAAGCGCCAACAGAUCUUGGCUUCCUCCAACAACAAGGAUUCUGUCGAAUGGCUUGCGGGCAGUGUGCAGGCCGACUCUGUGUACAGAACAAGCCCCAGCGAGAAGGCGCGAGGCAAACAACCUGCUGCGCCCGGUUCUCAGCUCUCUCCGCCCGUGUCUGGCCUGGCACCGGGAGAGUUCGCUCGCUCGCCCUUGCAGCCACCUAUCCAUGGCCUCAGCCCCGACUAUGGCAUGAAUGGCAAUCCAGCUAUCGCCGGCAACAUGGCCUGGCGAGGCGUGGGUGCUGCCAUCUACAGUCGGUCCAACAAGGCACGCAGACGGGAACACGAUGACGACCACUCCAUGUCGAGUUUCGAAGAUGGCGUCGAGCCGCGCAGAGCCAACUACGCGCCCUCGAUACAGUCCUAUCAGACCGGCGACAGCGAUCCGGGGCCGGGCACUGGCCAACAUGGGCAGCCGGGACACUACGUCCAGCGUGCCAGUUCCUCUUCUUCGCUCGCAUCAGCACCGCCCGUGAUCGACCAGCGUCGCUUCGCUCCUUCUCUUGAGUCGCAUCGCAGCUCAGCAGAGACACGUAUCAUCAGCUCGCUUGAUCAUCAGCUCAUCGCCAACAUGGAGAGGAUGACGGCCGCAGAAGCACGGACCCGAACUCCAGGCAAUGUCUCCCCCGGCCCUGCCCAUCUUCCUGGCCCGCGCCAAUCAGCCAGUCGGUCGAGUCGAACCGGCAGUCGCGCUUCGUCGACAUCUGCGCAUCGACAGGGCUCAGCGUCGCCGUUGCAUCACGCAAGCGGCAUCCCGCGCUUCCAUCCUUAUUCGCUUGGCGGGCCGGGGACGCCUUCGACGGGCUACCAUCCACCGUAUCAGCUUCCGCCGCUUCACCAGAGCCUGCAGCAGGGUGGCGUAGUGCGAGGCGAUGCGGGAAUCGAUGCCGGGAUGCCGGCAGCGUACUAUUCCAACGGAAGUCACCCACAGCAGCAAAUGCAUCAGCAGCACGUCAAUCCCAUGUUCCACGUCGCACCUGGGCACGGCACUAACGGCACUACGCUGCCGCCCUUCUCGUCGAUCGCAGCGUCCAUCGACGUCCCCGCCAUCGAUGAGAAGGCGACGCAGAUGCUAUAUGCUCAGGCGCGUCCCAGCGGCGUUUUGCCACAAAACUGA